AGUCCAACCACAAGUCCAGCCCCGGACUCGAGCAGAGUAGCGAACGCCAACCUUGAAUCAGAAACAGCGGCGGAGCCCUACCGCGAACCCCCAGAUCCGACGAGGCUGCACCCCACUGCCGAGAAGCCCUAGCUUCCGGCCAGCGCCGCCCGCAGCGAUGGUGUACUUCGAUUCGUGGGACGAGUUCGUCGAACGGUCCGUGCAGCUCUUCCGCGCCGACCCCAUCACCACUCGCUAUGUGAUGAAGUACCGGCACUGCGAUGGGAAGCUCGUGCUCAAGGUCACCGACAACCGCGAGUGCUUGAAGUUUAAGACAGAUCAAGCUCAGGACGCAAAGAAGAUGGAAAAGCUGAACAACAUAUUUUUUGCUCUCAUGACUCAUGGACCUGAUGCCGAUAUAAGUGAAGUUUCAGGCAAGGAACAGGCAGAACAACAGCAAUCAAAGAAAGGAAGGGGCAGGAGGCAGUAGUAUCUUGUUUGUUCUCAUUUUCUUUCAGAACAGUCACAACUGGUAGUCUGGGAGUGCUGAAUGGACAUGAUGUUGACUCCUGUUAGCUCUGUUAUGUUGGUUUGAAUGAAUUGUGAGAUACCAUUGGGCCCUUUUCAUGGUACACCGAGAACCGAGUACACUUAUACGAAACCAAUCAUGACCAAAAAACAAUCAAAUCUUAGACCCUUGUUUUUUUGCA